AUGGUAUGGUGAUGUUGCAGGGAGGGAAAAAGAUAAAUAUUGCGAUAAAUUUUCUUUUUGUUCUGGAAUCAGGGGGUGAUGUUUUUAUAAUAUGAUAUAAUAAAAUCUCUUGCCAAUUUACCUGAGGCAAUCUGUACAAAUACCGGAGGCUCAUGCAUAUUUUAUUUCGAUAAUUUUUUUUAUGAAAAGCACGUUUUUGAUCGGUAAUUUAUUACGUAAAAAAUGAAUUUAGAGUUUUCAGCGGUUUAGAAAGAAAUAUUUUAAUUUUUUUCGGAAAUUUCGAAAGAAAUUUAUGGGAAAGAUUGCUUUUUAUAUACUUUGUUUUAUACUUUUUGUAUCAUUUUAGGGAUAAUUUUGACGAAUUUAACGUUCAAAAUGAAUUUUAAAAGCGAAACCCCGACGAAAAACAGUCAAAAAUGGCGAGUCUGAUGAGGCCAAAAGUUUUGAUCUGACGUCGGGGGGUCAAAACGGCGGAGGUUCGAGAAGAAUCUCUGGAUUGGCGGGAAAGGUCAGCCGUCCCAAAAACAAUCGUCAUUCCUUCUUUUUCUACCUUUUCGAGGGUGUGUUGCUGCCGCUCGACACAAUUUUCGAAUUUGUUGUUGUUAUUGUGGUUUUUUCGAUAGUUUUGCUUGUAUUAUUUCAAUUGUUUCGAUAAUUUUGAAUCAAUGAGCCGUUAUUAAAGGUUUUAUGCGUUCAUUUUCGGUUUUUUUCCAGUUAGAAAAGUGUUUUUGAUUUGAACUUAUGUAUUCGAUGUUUGUUUAAAUAUCCUUGCAGGACUGUUUAAAGGCGCAGAGAGUUUGAAUGAAAAUGGAAACGGUUACUCGCUUCGAGACUCUCAUCGAUUUGACCCCUGCGCCUUUAAAUUUUCCAGCAAGAUUGUUCUAACAAACUUUUUCACUGCUAUGUUGAAUGUUCAAAAUUUAGAGAAAUGCUGGAAUUUUUAAUAAUGUAUACUUUUUCCGUGUAAAAGCGUUCAGUUUUUUUUGUUUCGAAAAGUGUUUUUUAUUUGAAUUUCAUGUCGAUGUUUGUUUAAAUAUCCUUGCAGGACUGUUCAAAGGCGCAGAGAGUUUGAAUCACAAUAGAAACGGAUAUUCCCUUCGAGACUUUCAUUGAUUUGACCCCUGCGCCUUUAAAUUCUCCAGCCACAUUUUGAAGCAAACCAUGUUUUCUAGACUGCUGAACAUUCUAUCGAUUUCUCUCAAUUCGCGUUUAUUCUCCUUUUUUUCAACAUAUUCUUUGAUUACAGGCGACUACCGAGAUUCCUGAAGGAGGGCCACUCUACAAUCUAUUCUGAAUCCCUUGCUGGGUUGUUCAAAGGCGCAAGUAUCCACUCAAAAUCCCAUCUUUUUUUCCGUAAAUUCGAUUUUACGCUUGCGCCUUUGAGCAACCCACGGCAAGGGAGUUUGAAUAGUUCAAAGCGCCAAUUUUCAGAAGAUGAGUUAAAUAUUUACGUGAUCAGUACUAAUCAUAGCUUUUUCUCAGGAACCUGAAGUCAAGAGGUCGUUUGGUCCAAUCCAAAUUUUUUGCUGGGGUCUUUAAAAGAGCUAAUUUUUGUCUUGAAACCUCAAAUCAACUCCCGAGCCUUUAAAACCUCCAGCAGGAAUUUUCGAGGAUGCUUGUUCAGGAUUUUCGCUAGGUAACUUGAAUCCGUUAUUGAUUUUUAUCGAUUUUAUUCAGAAGGCCGAUGGAUCGCGACUUCGACGUCGUUAUCGAGGGAUCGACCCGGAUUGGUAACGAUUUCAAAUGUUUCAGUGUUGCUUUCUGCGUUGAGAAACGUUUAAAAAAACUUGAAUUUUCCAUUUUUUUUUUUCAAUCGACUUCCUAGAAACAACGUUUCUCAACGAAGAAAGUUCUGUGUCAAAUUUUCCUCUUCUCAAAACUUCAACUAGAGUUUUUUUAAUAAUUUUUUUCCAGGCAUUUUUAGUUUUUCCUCCGGAUGGUAUCGCAUGGAGCUUCCCGCGCAUAGAUUUUUGAACGAUUCCGCCGAGUUUCGUUAGAUGCGACGCGGUCGCGCUGCGGUUCAACACCCCUGCAAUAUUUUGCCAAACUUGAUUUUUUCACAAUUCGUUGUUAAUUUGAUUGUUUGUAAUUUUGUUUUUUGUCUAUAAGAUUUUAUCUCAAGUCCGCAAAUCUUCGGAGCCGUUAUCACAGAGGACCGUAAUCUCAUGGACCUCAAUUUUCUUUCUCUUUUUUGCCUCUUUUGUUUUUUAUUUCUUGUUUCGUGCUCAGAAUACAAUUUUUUUGAAAAAAAAAAUUUAAAAAAUUGAAUUUUUUUGUGUUUGAAUUUGUGAGCCUUAAGAUUACGGUACUCUGAGAUAACGGCUCCGAAAAACUUACGGACUUGAGAUAAAAAUCGUACCAUCGUCUAUGAGGGAUCAACUUGUCAAGCCGUCAGCUGCAAAUCAAUUUUUUUCAAGUUUCUCGAAGUUUUAUGCAAAUUCAUUCAAUUUUUCAACACGUUUCCAGCUUUUUUUAGUUCAAGAAUCAGAAAAUCAUUUUUUUACUUUCAAAAUCAGAAUUUUAUUUUUUUCGCUAUUUUUUUCAAUCAGCGUCGAACCCGUCUUUUUUUCCAAGUUUUUCCAAUAUUCUUUUGAAAUUUCAAGGUGGAGAUUUAGAAGAGUUUUUUUGCGCGACCGCGUUGCACAACUUUUUUUCAUCCAUUCCUAAUUUUUUUCAAAUUUUUCUUUCGGUCUUUUUUUAGUUAGAAUUCAGAAAAAAAAUCUUAUCAAAAGGGUCAAUUUUUUUAUUCAUAUUUUUUUUACAACUUAUUUUUUUCCUAAUAAUUUUUUUCUAGUUUCCAAGAAAGUAGGUGUUUAAAAAAAUUAAUUUUUUUCCAUAUUCAAACCGUUUUUUUCAUGUUAUCAAAGAAAAAAACCUUGCUUUCGACUUGACAGGCUGACCCGUAAGUUUACAAGUUUUUAGGGUUUUUCAAAAAAAUUAAAUUUUUUUCUCAUUAUUUUUCAUAGUGAUUUUUUUCACAUGAGCUGUUAGAUGCAAAAAAGCCUGUCGUUUCAAAUUCCUUUUUUUUGCCUUUUCAGUAAUUUUUUUUCUGAGCCAGUUUCAUGCGAUAUCAUCUACCGUUCUAGCUUCCUUUUUUUAAGUCCGAGUUGAACUUUCGAGAAGAGAAAAAUAUCCUUGUCCGUCCCUUGUCCGUGGGGUGAAUGUUGCCGGCGUCUUCGGUCGGUGGUGGCGCAGAGAAAAAGACGGAUGUAUCCCUCGGCUUUUGUCCGGCCAGAGAGAGAGUACAGAAAAAGAAGAGAGCUGUAGUCUGCCCUCUCCGAAAAUUCCACGCUCUCUCGCCGGCUUCACCCGAGCAUACAUGCGCCUUUUCCUCUGUUGAGUGAGGGUACUGUGGGGCGAGGCUUUUCUUUCCCUUCCGAGCUCGUCAAUUCGAAGGCGGCGUUCAGUAGAUUGGGUUGUGUACAGAUAAACUUCGCUUUUUUUUUCGAAUUUACUGUGUUUUUUUCAAAUCAAGCUACCCAUUAACCGAAUAAAAUUACUUUUUCCAAUUUGUUUUUCCUCGUUUUAAGGAUUUGCGGCAUUCUUUCAUUCUGUUUAGAUAAAAUAACAGGGUUCCUCAAAAACUAUGAUCAUUUGAGUUUUGAAAAAGUAAGCUCCUCAUAGUUUUUUUUCAAAGAGAUUCAAGAGCUGCUUUUUUAGAAGAUUUUCGAAAACGGUUCUAAUUCUCAUCAAAAAUUUUUUUCACUCCGAAAAUUUUUUUAAUUUCUCAUUUCAGUACUUACAAGAUCUUUCAUUUGUUUACUUUAAUGAAAAAAAUCCAAUUUUUGACAUUCUUAGCUUUAAGAUUUGAACUGUGAAAUAGGUUUUUUUAGAAUGAGUGACAACGAUAUUUAUAGUUUUUAAUCCCGUAGGCAAUGUUUGUAGCCUUGAAAUCGAAUGUAUGAAGCUUAAAGUCCAUAAAUGGUUUUAGGUAUCCGUAGUUACACUUCUUGCCAACACUUUUGAUUGAAAAGAACGAGAACUUUAACAAAAAAAAAGCAGGAAUUCUGGCAUCCAUUUAAAGGCUUUGAAUCAUCGUACACCCGAUUUUAAUUUUGGUUUCGUUGUAGAUUAUGAACUUUUGAAUUUUUCUGAACUUGAGCAUAGGGCGUUUCAAAAAAGGGCAUUUUUAUCACUUUUGUCGAAAUUUUUAGAGCCCUCAUAUAAAUUUUUUUCAUUCUUGAGUUUAUAAGCAGACAUCCGGCCUCUGGUGAUAGGUAAUAGAUCUGAGCUUUUGAAUUUUUUUUUGCAGGUAGAUAAUCUAAGAUUCAGUUUGUAAAGGUAUAUACUCUGAUCGUUCAAUUUUUUUUCAAGCCGGACACUUUCCGUUUUCUAGAUGAAUUUUCGUAGCCUUCAUGUUUAUUGUCAAUUAGCAUUGAUCGAGGAAAAGCGAGAUUUAUUUGUACACAACCUGAUAUGAUUCCCGAAUUCAUGCAGAGAUACUCAAUUUGCUGGUUGGUCUAAUGGUUAGUAAAAGGGUUUGGAAAACUUACGACGAAGGUUCGGAUCUUUAUGAGAACUCAGUUUUCUUUUUUGCACUGUGUAGUUCAAGGUUAUUUUCAAAACUGUUACAUUUUUACGGAAUACAGGUAAAUGAAUAUUUUUUAAAGAAUUUUUUAAAGAUCAAUAGAUUCAUGAGCUUCAAACUUGGUCGCUUUACGGAACAUCUUAUUUUAAAAACGUCUUAUUAUUUCUUUUUUUAGAUUCACAAUCUCUUAUUUUGGCCAUUUUUUCUUUCAAAAACGUCUUAUUUUCUUGAAAUCCCGAGCCAUUUUUUGUAAGAUUGUUCAUGUCAAAAAAAAAAUUUGAGCUUAAAAUUUUUUCGCUAAGCGAUCGAGUUGAAGUUCAUGAGCUUAUUGCGGUUUUUUCAAACUCUUAGGUUUUUUUUUCAAAUUGUAGAUAGACUUCGGACCUUCGUCAAGAGUCCCCCAAGAACGUUUCUUUUUUUUGUUCAAGAAUUUAAAAAAAAUCGAUUUCACUCAAACAAUCAGUAUUAUUGUGUACAUCUGCAUGGGUUCGGGUGCCACCUGACAGUGUCUUGCGAGGUCAUUCCUGCUCCUUUUGUUCCGUCACAACUUCCAAGUUUCAUCCUGAGCCAAAGUGGGCUCGAACUAUUUUCAUUUGGUCGUCAGAUCAUUUGAAAUGAACGUGCAGGCUUGUGUCCUGUGCGAAAAGUGUGCUCUUGAAUUUUGGAAUUUUGAACUUUUCAUAGUUCAUCUGCAAGGCUUCUCAGAUUUAAUAAAUUUUUGAAUUUCGAAUUCUUCUCCAUCUCAACGCAUUCAAUAAGUAAUGGCCAAACAAAAAAAUAUUUUGACCGUUUUGAGAAAUUUUUUUGGAAAAUAAUAGGAUUUUUCAAGUUAAAAAGCUCACCAUUGUCAAUCACUGAAUAAAUGUCAAAUUAUAAAAAAAUCAUCAAAACCCUUUUUUCUUUCUAGGGCUAUUUUUCGAAAGGUUCUUUUCAAAGACAACUUUUUCAAAUCUUUUUUUAAUGUUCUAAUUGAUAAAUAGAUGGAUCAAGUGAUUGACUUUGGUGCAGUUCAAAAAACUUGACAAGCCAUGCAGAUGAACUUUCUGAAAAUCUCAAGUUUUUCUGAAAUGCUUUUUUUGCGGUUCAAGAUCUUUUUAGGUUCAUUAGAGUCAGUCACUUCCAGAAAAGAACAUAUUCAAAAACAUGUAUUUUUUCAAAAGAAUACUUCAAAACUUUUACUCAGUUUUCCGAAAACUUCGAUUUUUUCAAAGGUCGAACCAAAAACUUUGUUUUUCUUCUCACUACCUUUUGAAGGACGUGACUGCCUUGAGUGAAUGCAAGAAGUGCUCAGAAAAAGCUUGAAGGUUUCACCCAAAAAAAAACUUUGAGAGCACUUUUUCAACAUGAUACAAGUCCAGCAUGCCUUUUCAAAGAAUCUGGCCACCAAAUGGAAAGAGCUCGAGCUCAAGCUGGCUCAGGAUGAAGCUUGGAAGUUGUGAUGGAACAAAAAGAGCAUGAGUGAGCCAUCGCAGAACACUGUCCAUUGGCGAGGUUGGAGGGAGAAGAAAACCACGCUCAGCAGUACUCUCACCAGGCCUCAAGCCACCUACCGAAGACUUGGCCUCCGGCUCGGACUCCACAGCCUGCCUGUGGGGUCUGAGGCUGGCGACUUCGGCUUGGGCCCUUAAGGCCCGGGCUGGAGACUCCGCCUCAGACUCCAGAGGCAGGGGCUGUGGAGCUCGAGAUCGAGGUGACCAUCCGGCACCUGAUUCCCCAAGUCCGGCAGCGGCUCUGACCCUGCCGGACAAAACCAAGUACAAACGGGGGAGGAGAAUACUUUAUUCAAAAUCAUGUUUCAGAGUGUCCGGUUCGAUGCCGCCCUCGGAGUACGACGUCGUCCGGCAUCCAUCCCGUCACAUCAAUCGACCUGAAACCCUCCCCAUUGGCCCCCUCGAUUUCCCUCCCUUCUGAUCUCGGAACCCUCCAAAUCUGGAGCGUCCUGAACGCCUUCCUUAAAUGGCCCGAGGCCAAGCCCUUUUUUCUUGCCAAGGCCUUGGUGAACGGCCUUUUUGACUGGAAGCCUUCGAAUAAAGAGUCAAUUUUUUUGCAAGUCCCACAAGGAAGCCAAGAGAAAAGCUCUCUGAAAAGCCCAUCAAGAGGUGCUCAGAGUUGA